UUUAUUAGCAUGUCUCUUUCUCCUCCGAACGUGUAGCUAUUUUGGAUACGCUACGCACACAUUAGAUGUUCUCUGAGUUUUGUUUUAUAUAUUAUUUUAAAUCAAGGUGGUCUCCUAUCGAACUUGAAAAUAUCGAGCUGCAGUUACGUAUGAAAUUAUAGUGCUCGAUUAAUUAUCUAAUAUCUCAUCAAUCGUGUCCAUAUGUAUCUCGUUGUUAAUAUAUGUGCAACAUUACAGAUGUCCGAUUGAUGCUAUAUUUUGUCUUUUUGUAUCCGGGAACUGAUGUGUUAUCCUCUUGCUACUGGAACAUAUUACAACAGCAUUGACCUUCGAGAUAGAGAUGCACUGAAGAAAAUUUUUGAUUCGACAAAAUUUGAUGCUGUUAUACACUUUGCCGGAUUAAAGGCAGUGGGAGAAAGUGUUGAAAAACCCUUGCUUUAUUAUAACAAUAACAUUAUUGGCACAAUCAUUCUUUUGGAAACAAUGGCCAAUUAUGGAUGCAAAAAGCUUGUAUUCUCAUCAUCAGCUACUGUCUACGGUUGGCCAAAGGAAGUACCCUGUACUGAAAUAUUUCCCUUAUGUGCUACAAACCCAUAUGGACGAACUAAGCUUAUGAUUGAGGAGAUUUGUCGUGAUAUCCAUUGCGGUGAUAGUGAAUGGGACAUAAUUUUACUAAGAUACUUUAAUCCUGUUGGUGCUCAUCCUAGUGGAUUCAUUGGUGAAGAUCCUCGUGGAAUUCCUAAUAAUCUCAUGCCAUUCGUACAACAAGUAGCUGUGGGAAGGAGACCUGCUCUUACUGUUUAUGGAAAUGAUUAUUCAACUAAAGAUGGCACAGGGGUAAGGGAUUACAUUCAUGUUGUUGAUUUAGCAGAUGGACAUAUUGCAGCCGUAGAGAAGCUAUUUCAGGGUGGAAGUAAAACAGGUUGCCAAGUCUAUAAUUUGGGCACUGGUAAGGGAACAUCUGUCUUGGAAAUGGUAGCAGCAUUUGAGAAGGCUUCCGGAAAGAAAAUCCCUCUGGUUAUGGCUGGAAGACGACCCGGUGAUUGCGAAACUGUUUAUGCAUCUACCAGCAAAGCAGAGAAAGAGCUCAAUUGGAAGGCAAAGUAUGGGAUUGAAGAGAUGUGCCGGGAUCAAUGGAAUUGGGCUAGCAAAAAUCCAUGGGGAUAUGGAAUACCUGACGAGUCCACCAACCCAUCAACAUGACCCGAUCAGUUCAAAUGUUCAAAGUACUAUCACAUGUUGAUUUUUUUUUUUUUUUACAAAUAACUGACAUGAAUUAGUUUUGAAUUGCGACUCAUAAAUUAAUAAAUGCCUCUACAAUUGAAGAG